UCACUUCUCACUAUAUAUACCAAUCCAAGUUCUCAACCAUACUCAUCGAUCCCUUCAUUUCAUAAGCUCUUCUUACUCGUAUUUUCAAUUACCCUCUUUCAUAUUUCCAUGGCUUCUUUUCCUUCAACAUUUCCAGUGAUGCUGAUGAUCAGUACUCUUAUGCUUGGUUCUUUAAUAUUGUCUGCCUCUGCUAGUAACUUGUACCAAGAUUUUGAUAUUACAUGGGGUGAUGGCCGUGCUAAGAUACUCAACAGUGGCGAGCUUCUUACUCUCUCCCUUGACAAAACCUCUGGCUCUGGAUUCCAAUCCAAGAAUGAAUUCUUAUUCGGAAAGAUUGAUAUGCAACUCAAGCUUGUCCCUGGAAACUCUGCAGGCACAGUCACUGCCUACUAUUUAUCCUCAAAAGGGUCAACAUGGGAUGAGAUAGACUUUGAGUUCCUUGGCAAUUUGAGUGGUGAUCCUUACAUCAUUCACACCAAUGUGUUCAGCCAAGGCAAGGGCAACAGAGAGCAGCAAUUCUAUCUCUGGUUUGACCCAACUGCAGAUUUCCACACCUAUUCUAUCCUUUGGAACCCCCAGCGCAUCAUUUUCUCUGUGGAUGGCACUCCCAUAAGAGAGUUCAAGAACCUGGAGUCAAUUGGUGUACCAUUCCCAAAGAACCAGUCAAUGAGGAUCUACUCUAGCCUGUGGAAUGCUGAUGACUGGGCCACAAGGGGUGGGCUAGUCAAGACAGACUGGACACAAGCUCCUUUCACUGCCUCCUAUAGGAACUUCAAUGCCAAUGCAUGUGUUUGGUCCUCUGGAGUAUCAUCCUGCAGCUCAAGCUCUCCCUCUUCUGCAUCCACUAGCAAUGCGUGGCUCUCACAAGAGUUGGACUCAACUAGUCAAGACAGGCUGAAAUGGGUUCAAAAGAACUACAUGAUAUACAAUUACUGCACAGAUACAAAGAGAUUCCCCCAAGGCCUCCCUCUAGAAUGCACCAAGUCAUAGGGAACAGAAAAGAAAAUAUAUAGCUUGUACAUUAAUUCUUUUAUUUUUUGACAUUCCCAUUUGAUUAAUUAAUUUGUAUGCGCCAAUGAUAUAAUCAAAUUAUUUUAUUCUUUUCA